AUGUCAUGUAAUGGUGAGUUUAACUUGUUGCAUCCUUUCUCCCGUAACCAAAUUCAACUUCCUUCACGACAAGCCUUAAGUGAUUUUGUGGGUCUCGAAGAAGUACCUAAAGGACAGAUCUAUCGCUGUAUAGACAAAGCUGUCUUAUCUGCCAAUCCUUCUCUUACAUCAGAUUAUGUACUGAUGAUUUCCUAUUUUAAUUUUAGUAACUGUUUGGCCUUUUGGCGACCUGGAGACCUCAACUGGACUAAUAUUGACACUAGAAAUUUCGGGGGGCCUAGUAUUGCUCAACCAAUUGUAAAGUCGCACUUGCUUGUACGGCUUAAAGAUAAGAUCUUUGAUGAAGCGUCAGUCCAGUUCUAUCUAGUUGAGUUACACGGUGCACUAUUACUUGUUACCCUGUUUGCCCAUCAUAAUGAAGAAGAAGAUGGUUAUGAUACUUUUAAAUUUAAAGUAUCUGAACUAGAUGUAAUAAAACGUGAAUUGAGGGACAUCAACGACUUGGGAGAUUCAACUAUAUUUUUGGGCCGUAAUGGAGCAAGUUCUAUCGACUCUUCGAAGUUUAAAGGAGUCAAACCUAAUCACAUAUAUUUUACUGAUGAUUGGAUUGAGGAAUUUAACUACGUGGAAGGUGGUGGUGGAAGGGAUAUGGGGACUUACGAUCUUGAAGAUGGAAAAAUCGAAUCUUUUUAUCCUGGGUUAUCACUAAGUCGUAUUUGCCCGCCAACUUGGGUCACACCGUCAUUCAGAUAA